CUAGGGUUUUAGUCUCUUCUUCUUCCUCUCAGAAAGAAAAAAACAAUUAGCUUUUCUCGAUUCCAAGAAGCUUUAUCGCCGUCGAGCCGCCGAAUAUGGGUUUCUGGGGACUCGAAGUGAAACCAGGGAAACCACAAGCUUACAAUCCCGAUGAAGAACAAAGAAAGCUUCACCUCACUCAGGCAACUCUAGGAGAUGGUUUAGGGAAAGAGAGUAGCGUGAUUCAAUGCUCAAUAGGAGGAAACGCACCGGUUUACUUGUGUUCUUUGUUGCCUAACAAAACAGAGUGUUGUCCUCUGAAUCUUGAAUUUGGCGAUGAUGAUGGGACUGUUGAGUUCUCUGUGACUGGUCACAGAAGCAUCCAUCUUUCUGGGUUCUUGGAGGCUUAUGAUGAGGAAUGUGGGGAGGAGGAGGAUGAGGAAGAUGAUGAUGAUGAAUAUGGUAUCGAUAUUGGUGAGAGUGAGUCUGGAGAGUCUGAGUAUGAUGAUAGUGAUGAGGAUGAGCUUGAGGAAUUUCUUGAUCACAGUCUUGAUAUGUAUCGCCAAUCUGUUGUCCCAAACAGUGGAGUUGUAAUUGAGGAGAUUGAAGAUGAGGAGAAGGCCACUGCCAAAGAUGAUAAGACAAAACGAUCCAAGAAGAAGAGUCAAGCUAGCAAAGAUGAGAAGAAGGAAGAUAAGCAAAUCAUUGUGAAAGAGAGUGACCAUGCUCCAGUUCUGGAAAGCGAAGAUGAAGAUGGUUUCCCUAUUCCCAAAGAGAAAGCACCUGAGCCAGAGAAGAAGUCUGCUGCGAAGAUGGAGUUAGUUGAUGACGAACAAGGUAGCAACAAAAAACGCAAGGCCAAGGCUUCUGAGCAAGAAAGUGCAAACAAGAACAAAAAGAAGAAAAAUCAGAAAGAAAAGAAGAAUGAGGUUAAUGCCUCGAAGGAGGAAGCAGAUGAACAAGUUGAGACCGGAAAGGUGCUGGAAAAGAAGGAGGAGGCCAGCCAAAGUUCUCCAGACCAGAAAGCUCAAAAUGGAGCUGUAAACAAUGCCACGAGUGAAAGUUCCAAGACUCCAGUUGAAUCUGCUGAGAAGAAGAAAAAGAAGAAGAAGAAGUCAAAUGAGAAAGCUACAGAAGAGACCAAAGUCAUCUCUAGUAGGACAUACCCAAAUGGACUCGUUGUUGAAGAGAUAAAAAUGGGCAAACCCAACAGCAAGAAAGCUACUCCUGGAAAAAAGGUUAGUGUCUGCUACACUGGAAAGCUUCAGAAGAACGGGGAGGUCUUUGAUUCCAAUACUAAAGAAACACCUCUUGAGUUCCGUCUAGGUGUUGGACAAGUCAUUAAGGGAUGGGAUGUUGGCGUUAAUGGUAUGCGUAUUGGUGACAAAAGAAAGCUUACAAUACCUCCAUCUAUGGGGUACGGUACUAGCGGUGCUGGUGAGAUUCCUCCUAAUGCUUGGUUGACGUUUGACGUCGAACUGUUGGAUGUUAAGUAAAACCGCUUGGUUUCUUAGAAACUUUAUAGUGUGUUUGCAAGGAAUUUUGAAAAUUGAUUUUUGUGUUUCUACGCAAGGCCGUAACGUUUGUUAUAAGGUGUUUUGUACGCGUAUUGUGUUGUCUCAGAUCUUUUUGUCAACUAGUUAUUCCUAGCUUUGCUUUUGCUUAAAAAAAACAAAUCGUUACCAUGCUAAGCCUGGCUUUUCAAAAAAAG